AUGCCAAAGCUCCAUGCUCAACAAAGUUAUUCAGGAAAGGCGUCGAGGUAUUGUAAUGGAAGCGAUGAAACAGGCCCAUCUUCAGCUUUUCUUUACACUUGCAAUGGUGAAAAGCUAUCCUGCCAGGCCUUUCUGAUCUUCAAAUCCCAACCUCCUUAUGACUCAAUCACAACCAUCUCAAACCUUACAUCUGCGGAUCCAGUGGAGCUUGCCUACAUCAACAAUAUUUCACUUUCUACAAUCUUGCCUCCAUACAAAGAGGUGAUUGUUCCAGUGAAUUGCUCUUGUUCAGGUCAGUACUAUCAGGCCAAUACCUCUUACAUCAUUCCAACCAUGCAAGACACUUAUAAUUCGAUUGCCAACGAUACCUAUCAGGCGUUGUCCACCUGCAAUUCUCUUAUGAAGGAGAAUAGUGCUUCAAGUUUGCAUGCUGGUUUAGUUUUACAAGUACCACUUAGAUGUGCUUGUCCCACAAGCAAUCAAACUUUAAAUGGUACAAAAUUUCUAUUAACUUAUGUGGUUGACCGGGCGGACUCCAUCUAUAAUAUCAGUAAGAGAUUUAAUGCUAGUACAAGAAGUGUAGCUUAUGCAAAUGGAUUUGAUUUAGGUAAUACAAUUAUUUUUCCCUUUACAACAAUUCUUGUUCCAUUGUCAACCGAACCCUCAAGCUCGGAAACUAUAAUUCACUUUCCACCGCCACCCUAUUCUGCUCUCAUCACUCCAAUAAAUUUGAUCAAUACUUCAAGGAAAAGAUUUAGUGUUUGGAUUGGAAUUGGAAUUGGUAUUGGAAUUUCCUUGAUGGUCCUCGGCUUUUUUCUGUUGAUGGCCUUUCUACAUGAUCAUAAGAAGAAAACCAGGGAGGCCGCCAGAAAAAGUGAAUUGGGGGGAAAGAAAUGGGAGUUACCCAAGGAUUUCCUAGUUAGCAUAGAUCCAAGUUUGAAAGUUUAUGCCUUUGAAGAUAUAGAGGCGGCCACUGAAAAUUUCAGCCACAAAAACAAGAUGGGUGGUUCAGUUUAUUAUGGUGUUCUCAAUGGAGAAUUGCUGGCUAUAAAAGAAAUGAGCAAAGAUGUAGAUAAGGAGGUGGGUUUGCUGAAAAGGAUUAAUCAUUUCAAUCUAAUAAGCCUUCGUGGGGCUUGUGAGCACUCUGGUGUUUUCUACCUUGUUUAUGAGUUCAUGGAGAAUGGUUCUUUAAAGGAAUGGCUUCAAAAGAAGAGUUGUCAAAAAUUACAGAUUUGGAAUUAUAGGAUUCAGAUUGCUUUAGAUGUUGCUAAUGGGCUUCUUUACCUUCACAACUUCAUUACUCCAGCGUAUGUGCAUAAGGAUAUUUGCAGUGACAACGUGCUUCUCGAUGGAGAUUUGAGGGCUAAGAUAGCAAACUUCAGUCUUGCACGAUCAGCAGAAAGAGAAGAAAGCAGAAAAUCAUCAAUGUGGAGUUCUGUAGGAACAAAGUGUUACAUGGCACCUGAAUAUAUGGACUAUGGCUUGGUGACACCUAUGAUGGAUAUAUAUGCCUUCGGGGUUGUUCUGCUGGAACUGAUUACAGGAAAGGAAGCUGUUUUUAUGCAGGAUGAAAAGGAAGUGUUAUUAUCAGAAGCAAUAUUAACAAUUAUGAAAGGAGAAAAUGCAUUGGCUGAACUUGAUCGUUUAAUAGACCCUAGCCUGAAAGGACACUUCUCGAUAGAUCUUGCGCGUCGAAUGAUGAAAUUGAGCAUUGACUGCUUGGCAGAAGAACCAGAAAGCAGACUGAGCAUGGCUGAAGUAGUUUCAUAUCUGUUGAGGAUUCAACUGGAUGCACAGCGAUCAGAAGAACAUUUUUCUUCAUAAUGGCGUUAAAAGCAGAAAUCAAGUGUAAGUAGUAAUCUCCUUUAUUCCAGUUUCAGAAAUGCACACCUGAAAUGUAACAAUCUUAAUUCUUCUGUAAAUUGUUUACGUAGAUUAUAUGAACCUUGUUGAUGGUAUUUUCGGUUGUGAUGACGUGGAGCCCAGCUGGAGCAUGAUCUGGAAGCGGAAAGGACCUGCAAGAAGGAAGCACGGUCAGGGGCACCGGAGUUUGGACUCCGGAGCAUGCUCAGACACUUAAGUCAACCGAAAAUGCCAUCAACAAACCUGUUUUGAGGUUUAACCAUUGGACUAUUGCUUUUUCAUUCACAUAAAUCAACCCCCGUUUGGCAAAAUAAAUUAUAGGUUGGUUAUUACAUAAAGUGAACCUAUGGAUUUUCUGCAACACUUAAAUGAGCUACGAAUGGAAUGAUGAUUUGAGCAAGUUCUGUUUUUAUGCCUGAAGCCUAAGAGCCUUCCAAUGUCUCAAAAGAUGAAUGAAUAAGA